AUGGGAUGUUGUGAGCUGCGAAGCGUCGCAGCUCAAGUAGGCGUGGUGUUUGGUUGUAGCGCGGAAUGUGGUGUCGGCGUGGAAAAGAGAGACGAGAAGGUAGAGGGGAGAGGGCCGGACGGAGGUGUAAGAAGUGAGGAAUGUUUGUCCCUGGCGGGAGCUGCUCAAGAUCAGUCAAGACCUCAAGAAGCAGACGUUGUGUUUGGCCAGGCUGUCUGUUAUCGCGGACUCGAAGAUGCAGGUGGAGGAUGUUCGGCCAACCACAUAAACCGGUUAGGUGGCCGCAACGCCGGCCGGCUUUACUGUUCGUCCGCGACCGGGUCACGUGGGAUUAUCGCACAGCAGCAUCAGAUAAGAGUUCAUGAAUUGUGUAUGGAAUCGCUAUCAACGCUCAUUGCUAGCUAA